AUGAUGAACUUUGUGGCUAUCCUGAUCUAUAUGGGGAUUGCUGAGCUGCCUGCCAUUGAAGACUACUGGGCAAUGGAGACCAGGGUCCCUCAAGUCGCAAACAUCAUGUCAUCGAAGAGGUUCAGGCUGAUGAAGAGGCUUGUCCAUUUCAACGACGACACCCAGAUCGCUGGCACCAUCGACCGAUUCUUCAAGGUGCGGCCACUGUUCAGUCACCUGAAUGCUGCCUUCAGGAGUGAGCCACAGACACCCAAGCAGUCUGUGGAUGAGGUCAUGGUUGCCUACAAAGGCAAGGCAGCUGGCAACCUGAGGCAGUAUAUCAAGAACAAGCCGGACAAAUGGGGAUUCAAGUUGUUUGCCAGGGCUUCUGAGGAUGGCUUCAUCCAUGACAUGGUGCUGUAUCAAGGGAAGAAUACGCUGGAGGCCCACGGUGUCCCCCUGACGCCUGAACAAACAGCCAUGGGUGUCACCAGCCAGAUAGUCUCCGUCCUAGCCAGCACCAUGCCCUCCUCCACCACCACAGCCAUCUUUGCUGACAACUUCUUCACCAGCCUGGAGAUAGUGCGGUACCUCAAGGACAAGAACUGCAGGUACACAGGGACAGCCGGGGACAACAGAAUAGGCAAGCCUCCAUUCAAAAGUAUCAAGGAGAUGGAGAAUAAGGCUGUCCCUCGUGGUAUGUAUGACUACGUCACCAGUGACGAUGGGAUCCUGGCCCUCAGGUGGAAGGACAACAGGAUCGUCACUCUGCUGUCAACAGACGUGGGGGUGGAGCCCAUGUCCUCAGUCUACCGGUACUGCAGUGAAACCAAGAGGAAGGAACAAGUGAUCUGCCCUGCUGUCAUCAAGAGCUACAAUGCCAACAUGGGGGGCAUUGACAAGUGUGACAUGUUGGUCCACCUCUACCGCACCCCCAUGAAAUCAAAGAGGUGGUUCAUGCGCAUGUUUGCCUACUCUGUUGAUGUCAGCCUCACGAAUGCCUGGGUUUUCUACAGGCGGGACUGCAAGGCUAUUGGUCUUCUGGAUGGCCUGUCUUUAAAACAUUUUCGGAUCCAGGUGUUCAGGGAAGCCAGCAGCCAGAAGUCAGUCACAUCACAUCCUCGAAGGUGCUCAGCAUUUCCAGGCAGCCUCAGCACUUCUGCUGACAUCCCCACACCUGUCCGGGGACACCGCAGCUACAAUCCAGAUAGUUAUGUGCGGUUUGACAUGUCCCUGUUUCAUGCCCCUGUCUACACUAACCGCCAGACCUGCAAGUACUGCAGCAGGAAGGGGAAUAUCAUGAGAUCAUAUGUGGUCUGCAGGGUCUGCAAGGUCCAUCUGUGCCUCACUGCUGGCCGCAACUGCUUCAUCAAGUACCACGAAGCAGUGGAAUUCACUGGACUUGACAAAAAAAAAAAAAAAUCUAAUAAUAAUUACAAAUGUUCCUAA